AUGGGCGCGGCGACAGCUAACAGCACGCUCAGGUAUGGAUUAACCGUAGAGACACCGAGGUCACCGUCCUACGACACGACAUUGCUAUGGCGAAGGGAUUUAGCCAAGCGGUUACGGCGUCGUUCCAGACCCACGCCGAUCCCAGCUAGACAUCCCAAGGCUGCCGUCAUAGACAGAACUACCGAGAAACGAAAGUCGCUGCAGGAAACUACCAAGGAGGUAAAUAAACCAAUUAUUAAAGCUCAGUCCGUCAGAUCACAUGCGAGCAGUCGCACUGUGAUAGAAGCGCAGCUGUCUCAGGCGGAGCUCGAGGCCAGCGAACGGCUAGCGGAGAUAUCCCGGAGGGAGUUGCAGCUAGAAGCGGACAUGGUACGUAAACGGCUAGACGCCAGAAAACUGCAGAUCCGCGCUAAUGCGGAUAGCGCAGACGAGCACGAAUCUGCUGGUAGCGUGCGGAAUUCGAAUCAAGAUCGAUUAGACGAAUGGCUAGAGAACUCGCGAGACGCGACGUCAAAACCCAUUUGUAAGAGGUUAACCGACGAACCUCUACCCAAGUACGAGACUCCGAGACGACCUGCGCAGGCGGAGCGGCAUAUUCGAGGCCUCUCACCGGACCGCCAGAAAGUGACGUACGCGACACGUCAAGCCACAACAUCCCGUUCGACGACGUGCCUGUUCUGCGGUGGCGGUCACCUGACGCCGGACUGCCGCAAGUUAGCCGCCCAAUCCGUGGGCGCUAGAUGGGAGUGGGCGAAAUUAAAUCGUAUAUGCUAUCGCUGUAUCGACGCGAAGCAUAUGAAAACACAAUGCAAGGCCAAAGCGUGCGGCGUUGCAGGCUGUCCUCACGUACACCAUCGACUGCUUCAUGCGGACUCGCCGCAGGAAGUGCGUGAGGAUACGGCUAUGGUGCUAACACAAGAAAUCAGGUCAGUACCUACAUCGUCAGCAGUGACGUCAUCGGCCGAGCCAGCGGACACGACGGAGCCGCGAGCUGCGGACGACGAGAACGACGCCCGCGUGUACGUGUCGUCAACACCGGACUACAGCGUGCUGCUAAAGGUACUACCCGUAACCGUAUCAGGUCCAAAGGGAACGGCGCAUAUCUUCGCUUUCCUUGACGAUGGAUCCACCUUGUCAAUGAUCGACCAGGACGUCGCGGACGAGAUCGGCGCGGUCGGUCAAGACGAGCCGCUAUGCAUAAGAGGUAUUCAGCGGUUGAAACUUAGCUCAGUGACACAGACGGUCAAGGCUAAAGUAAGCCCCGCUCGUGGCGGCUUGACAUACGAUAUAUCCCUAAAAACGGUAGACGGACUAGGGAUACGCUCGCAGUCAUUAAAUAAGAAGCGUCUAUUGGAAUACGAACAUCUGGCGGACUUGGGCGACGAGUGCUACACGGGCAUGGGCGUGCCGCAGAUGUUAAUAGGCGGAGACUUCAGUCAUCUUAUAAACCCGACGGAGGUGAGGCAGGGCGGCGAGGACGAGCCGUGCGCAGUUAAAACCUCGUUAGGAUGGGUUUUCUUCGGGCGAAUGCCGAGGUAUGUACCAAAUAACGAGCAGGUCGUGAUGCACUGCCACAGUGACGACAGUGAUCUCGUGGAGCAGGUCAAGAAACACUGGGCAGUCGAGGCGCUUGGCAUAACGGCAAAGGACAACAUUCGACCCGACGACCAGCGAGCGAUCGAUACAUUCGAACGAACAGUAAAAAAGGUAGGACAGAGAUACGAAGUCGGCCAACUAUGGGCUGCCGACGACAUAAAGCUGCCACCGAGUUUCAACAUGGCGAAGGCGAGAUUACGCAAUCUAGAAGCCCGCAUGUCGAGAGAUCCUGACUUUGCCAACGAGUAUCAAGCACAGAUACACAAGCUUCUGGAAAAGGGGUACGCAGAGCGCAUCAUGGAACCACCGCAGUCAGAUCGGAUGUGGUUUCUGCCCCAUUUCAGCGUCUACAAUUUAAAUAAAGGAAAGUAUCGCGCUGUAUUCGAUUGCGCCGCGAAAAGUCAGGGAUGUGCAUUGAACGAUUUCAUCCUCGCGGGACCGGAUUUACUACAGAGCCUGCUGGGGAUACUACUUCGAUUCCGUGAGUGGGAAUUCGCCGUCACCGCGGACAUACAGGAAAUGUUCCUUCAAAUACAGCUGCGAAGAGAGGAUCGGCAUAGUCAGCUCUUCAUCUGGAGGGGAUCGCGGCGUGACGUGACACCGUGGACGUACCAGCUAAACCGGGUAUGUUUCGGUAACAUCUCUUCUCCUUUUCUCGCACACUCGGUGCGGAAUAGGAAUGCGACGGACAACAAGGAUCGCUAUCCGGACGCGGUCUACGAUAUCCAUAAUAAUCACUACAUGGACGAUUAUGUGGCAUCAUAUGAGACAGAACGGGAACUCAUAUCAACAGCGACACAGGUGAGACUAGCACACGCGGAGGCUAGCUUUCGGCUGCGCAGCUACGCUAGCAACAGCGAGUUGUUAAUGCGAAACAUCGAUCCGGAGGAGCGAGCGACGGGACCUUCUCAUCUCGGAGAAAAGCAACAGACCGUCCUCGGAAUGACGUGGGACCCAGAGACGGAUACGCUGGGGUACAACACGAAAAUGCUACGAGUGCCAGACGACGUGAAAAGGUACGAGCGAUCGCCCACUAAAAGGGAACUUUUGAGUGCCGUAAUGUCAGUUUACGACCCAUUAGGCCUCAUAGCGCAGUAUAUGAUAAGCGCUAAGAUCAUAUUCCAACGUGUGUGGACAAAGGGCACGGACUGGGACGAGCGGCUGCCGGCGGAGGAAGCGGAGGACUUUUUCCGGUGGCUGAGGGCACUGAGCGACGUGUCCGCGCUGCGAAUACCCCGACGAUACGCCACGCCCACCGGUGCAGUUAGAAGAGAACUGCAUAUUUUCAGUGAUGCAUCGACCGAGGCCUACAGCGCGGCGGCCUAUUGGCGAGUAUCGAACGACGAGGAGGAAACGCAAGUGAGCUUAGCUAUAGCGAAAAGCCGAGAUUGCCCGCUAAAGGUAAUGACAGUUCCCAGGCUCGAAUUAACCGCAGCAGUCGUCGGCGUGCGGCUGGCGGAGACAAUUUUACGCGAGCAGCGUUAUCCUGUGACAAAGGUGACGUAUUGGACAGAUUCCAUGGUUGUUCUCGGAUGGGUUCGCGAUGACGCGCGAAACUAUCGUCCGUACGUGUCACACCGACUUGCGGAGAUCGCCGAGAAAACAGAUAGAGACGCGUGGAGGUAUGUACCAACCGCUCAGAACCCCGCAGAUCGAGCGACGAGAUGUCAACCAGCGCAGAGCGUGCGCAUCGAGGACGAGUGGUACGAAGGACCGCGCUUUCUCUAUGGACCCGAGACAUCAUGGCCUAGUCACCCAUCGAAUCGAACAGACGACCUGCCUGAGAGGAAGGCGAGGCCGUCAACCGCGACAUCACUGGCGAUCAUCUCAGCGAAGCCAGACCCUUCGAGCGUACUGCCAGACGUGAGACGGUUUAGCAGUUACGACAGACUGUUGAACGCGACAGCGAACGUCUUGCUAUUCAUCGAGAAAAUGAGAACGAAGAAUAAAGCCUUGCAGCUACAAGUCAGACAUUUGAGAAAGGCAGAACACAUGUGGUUGCAAUACAGUCAACGACGAAGCUUUCCCGAAGAGCUUCGAGCCUUAAGCCAGAAUAGGCUCAUCGAUCGCAAAUCGCGAUUAUACGACCUGGCACCCGAGCUAGGCGAUGACGGCGUGUUACGCAUGAAGACGAGGCUGGGCAGCGCUCCAGUAUUGUACACCGCGCUACAACCGAUAAUACUGGAUGGCCGCGAGCCGUUCACCCGUCUACUCAUCCUGCGAGCUCACCGACGAUCAGCGCACAUUCACAACGAAGCAGUAAUCAACGAACUGCGACAAGAAUAUUGGAUACUACAUCUGCGGCCGACCGUGAAGUCUGUAGCUCGAAACUGCGCGCUAUGCACACUACGACGAGCAACACCGAGAGCGCAGCCCUUAGGCGAUCUCCCGCCCGAGCGACUACAGGCGUAUCAACGUCCCUUCACUCACACCGCACAAGACUACAUGGGACCGAUGUUCGUCACGAUCGGACGGCGCAGAGAAAAACGCUGGGUGUGUCUAUACACGUGCCUAGUGACGCGCGCUAUUCACCUUGAAAGCGUGCACAGUCUUUCAACCGACAGCGCGCUACUAUCACUACGAAGAUUCGCCGCGAGAAGAGGAUGGCCCAGGACGAUGUACAGCGAUAACGCGACGUGCUUCAGGGCGGCGGCGACGGAACUACGUGAGGCGUACCGGCAAUGGCUGCCUGUACUGCAAACUUACGCCACUCAGAACCGAAUGGAGUGGAAAUUCAUCCCACCUGGCAAUCCUUCGGCCGGGGGCGCGUGGGAGCGAAUGAUAAGGACAGUUAAGAUAGCGAUGUCCUACACUUUCAACGAACGAGCACCGAAACCCGAAGUUUUCGAAACUCUACUCGCCGAGAUAGAGAAUAUCGUCAACCGACGACCACUUACACAUGUCAACGUCGAUCCAGACUCCGAAGAAAGUUUGACUCCAGCACACUUUCUACUUCUUCAUAACGCUAACUUACCGAUGAUUGGCGUUUACGACGAGAACGAAAAGAAGCAAUGGAAGAUGGCCCAAGCGCUUGCCGACCACUUUUGGCGGCGCUGGACCAAAGAGUACUUUCCUCUACUGGCACCGAGGAAGUCGUCCCACGACGGAGGGCGGCAACUUCAACCAGGCGAUGUGGUCAUCGUCGCUGAACCCAAUGGUCCACGCAGCGUGUGGCCCCGAGGCGUCGUCGAGACUACCUAUCCGGGACCCGAUGGACGGGUCCGCUCCGCUGACAUCAGAACGAGACACGGGACGCUACGCAGGCCCAGCUGCAGGCUGGCGGUCAUCGCGUCGCAACCCAUGCACCAGGAGUCUUCGACUGCGGGGACAAAAUGUUAG